AAAGAAAGAUUAAGCAAUCAUAUGACUUAUUUUGUAUUCGAGUGUCUCAUUCAAUUCUAGAAGAAUUUCAUUCGUCACUUGAAUAUUAUUUAGUAGAUGUUGUAAUACUUCAUAUUCAAGUUUUUAUCUUUUAUCCUUUAUUACGUAAUUCAUUUAUUACACUAUUACUUAUGCUCAUGUUAUCCAGGGCUUGUUCUAUAGUAAUUAUUAGUUUGUUGUCUAACAGUAUGUUAUAUUAUUUUGCAUCAUAUACUUUCUCUUUCUUUCUAUACUCCUACUGUGUCUAUCUUCUUUUCAUUUCUUCUAAUUUUUUACCUUUUGACUCAAAGAGGCUUUCAUUACGUUUCUUUUUUGAAUUAGCUAGGGAAGUACAGUAUGAUUAUUAAAUUACUAUGUGCUCAUUAGCUCAUUAGUCAUUUAUAUUUUAUUUAAUUUAAUUUAAUCAUAAAAAGAAAAAAAAAAAAAAAAAAA